AAAAAAUCGUGCUAUAUGAAAGAAAAUGCUUAGAAAAAUUCUUAACCUAAUUCCGUCUAUUAAACACAUUAAUAUUUUGCUCUACAUGUGUAUGCAAUAUGUCUGACAUCAUUCCCUGAAGAUUUUUCAAAAUUCGCUCUGGCAUAAAUACCGGUCACAGUAGUGGCAGCACUGUAUUAGCAAAAACAUAUGUUUUAGUAAAUUUGGCUUUUUUGGACAAAUAUUUUUUUUGCAGUGAACAUUACUGCAUUGUCGCUUAGAUAUAAAAUAUAUAUUAGCUAAUUGCAGCAUGACAGAAGUAAGCCCAAAUCCUGUAGCAGAACGUCUCAAAUUAGGUCCUCGUGAUGGUGUAACUUAUCCAAUAAUUGUUAACUAUUGCGGCAAUUGUUCAAUGCCCAUUGAGUAUUGUGAAUAUUAUCCUGAAUAUGAGAAAUGUAAAGCAUGGCUAGAGAAGAAUCUGCCCACAGAAUUUGAACGUGUUAAAUUGGAAGAAGAAACUGGCGAUGGAAAUGAUGACGACAAACGUCGUCAAAAACGUGGCGGAAAAGGUCUGAUGAAAAUCAAAAAGAAAGAAGAGGUCAACAAGAGGAUCACCGUGUCCCGGGCUCCCCGUGGCAAAAAGAAGUCUGUAACAGUUGUAACAGGAUUGAGCACAUUCGACAUUGACUUGAAAGUCGCUUCCAAAUUUUUCGGCUCAAAAUUCGCUUGUGGCUCUUCGGUAACCGGCGAGGACGAAAUUGUCAUCCAGGGAGAUGUAAAAGAUGACCUAUUCGAUGUGAUACCAGAAAAGUGGCCCGAUGUCGAUGCGGACUACAUCGAGGAUUUGGGCGAUCAAAAACGCUAAGUUGUGGCUGGCACUUUUGUAAGACUUAAGGGCAUUUUUGAAUAAUAAAAAUUAUUGAGUUUUUAUAUAUGUACGUAGAAAAACAGCAA